AUGAAAGGAAGCGAUUUAUCUCUAGUCAGCAAGUUGGGGGUGGGGUGCGGUGUCCGCGCGGGUACCCCCGCCCCCAGUGCCCAAAUGCUCAGCGCUGCACUCUUGGCCACUGAACAGGACCUGGAGAGACGGAGGUUUCCAAGCUUUGCCAGAAGGGGGUUGGCGGGGGGAGUGGUGGUGGUGGUGGUGGUGGUGGUGGUGGUGUUGGGGUUGCCGCUGGAGCACAAGUCAAGUUUUAAAGCACAAAGGUGUAUCAGCUCUCUGGGAUUACAACCGAACACCUUCCAGGGACACUGCGGCCGGAAAGGGGGUCUCGAAGAAUGUCACCUCCACAGUACGGUGGCCCGGCGCAGAGCCGACGGGGGUCUCCCUUUGCUGGCUGGUUGGGGGGACGUGCUUCAACCCGCUGCAUCUCCCUCGGUCACCCCGUUUCAUAUCAGCGUCACCGUGGGGGGCAAGCAGUACCUCCUGGGACUCUAUGACACGGCCGGACAGGAAGACUAUGACCGUCUGAGGCCUUUAUCUUACCCAAUGACCGAUGUCUUCCUUAUAUGCUUCUCGGUGGUAAAUCCAGCCUCGUUUCAAAAUGUGAAAGAGGAGUGGGUACCAGAACUUAAGGAAUACGCACCAAAUGUUCCCUUUUUGUUAAUAGGAACUCAGAUUGAUCUCCGAGAUGACCCCAAAACUUUAGCAAGACUGAACGAUAUGAAAGAAAAACCUAUAUGUGUGGAGCAAGGACAGAAACUAGCGAAAGAGAUAGGAGCAUGCUGCUAUGUGGAAUGUUCAGCUUUAACCCAGAAGGGAUUGAAGACUGUUUUUGAUGAGGCUAUCAUAGCCAUUUUAACUCCAAAGAAACACACAGUAAAAAAAAGAAUAGGAUCAAGAUGUAUAAACUGUUGUUUGAUUACGUGAGAAACAUCUUCAGUGGCCAAGGCAAAUAUCCAUUUCUCUUGAAAGCAUAUGAAACGCUACAGCUACGCCCAGACCUCUUGUAGAUAACAAAGCAGUUCACAACUUGAAAGAAAAAAAAAAACCUGUCCUCAGAAUUCUAUAAAGUUCAUUAAGAAUGUUUCUUAAAGGUCUAAGAAGCAGUAAGCAGCAUCUGAAGCCACAAUCUAUUAUAAAUACUUUAUUUCAACUAGAAGGUACAAUCUCUCAGGGGUUUCAUAGUUUAAAAAGCUACAAUCACAUCAUGUUGUAACUACAUAAAAAACAGUGCUGUAAAUGGAACUGCUUGGCUUUGACCAUAUACAUUUCUGCACAGCCCUUAUGGAAUCUGCACAAAGAAAUAUCUUCUCCCUUUGCUCCAAUUAACUGUUCUUGUAUGUAAGUUGCUUUCUAUUCCAGUAUAUCCAGAGUGGUGAAAUAACAAGGCCAGCCACGUAGCCAAAGGUCGCUCCAAGCGUGCAGGAGAUGGGCCAGACCUGAGGAGAGAAUGUAUGAGAUCACAAAAGAACAAAUGUUUUAUUAUUACUUGAGCACAAGUGUAACCUAAAUAUUCCUAUAGUAAAGCUUAAUGUACUUUCUUAAAGAAUGCCAAAAGGGUCAUAGGGUCAUAACUGCAUUUAUCAUGAACACUAAAAAAUGUACACAUUUUAGUUAAUGUGCAUUAAACUGUAACAAGGCUUCUGGCAAUUGUAGAUUUAGUUUGAUGCUCCCCCAAACUGCAUGAGAUACAUGCUAAAAUUAUGAAUUAAAAUUGGGGUCAGACUUUGCCAUAAUCCUGGACUCAACUUAGCUCUCUGAACUAGUUGGUAAUUUUUUUUAAUUCCCACAUUGACUGUGUACAUCAGAUGAAACGAGAACUGUGUAUGCUGACCAAACCACAAAAAACUUUAAGUUGUGUUAAAGAGGAAAGCCCUAGAAUCCAAGCACGUUACAUGAAAUUUAUAACAGAGCAGCUGCUUCCACCUUUCAGAUAGAGAUGCUGGAACCACAGCAGAAGUUAUGAAACUACAACUUAUGUGUACAACUAGAGUGCAAGUUAGACAAAAUGCUGGCUUCCAGAUGCCCAUCUUCUCCAGCUGUAUUACGUUAAGCUGCAAGUAAUUAAUGUUGAUUCAUUUCAUCCACAAGCAGUGCAUCUUGGUCCCUAGGUGAAGGGCUCUAUUUAAAAAAAAAAAGUUGGAGACAAAUGUUCAUGUUCAUCUGUGAUGCGUAUUUGGUAUACUGGAGCCAUUUCUAAUCUUUCUCUGGGGGGAACAGGCCAUAGAACUGUGUUAGUAGUGAACCAUCUUAAUUCCUCAUUCUGUUACCUAAUUCAGCUUCCUUGGUCUGCUGUAGCUCUGCCUUACUCCAAAUGCCAUGCACCAGAGGAUGGUGUAACCUGAAGCUUCAGUGCAAACAACCCAAUGCAGUUUAGAGAAGCAUAACCUAAUCUAUAACAUUUUUUCCAGCUUUUCCUACAUUUAAACUUGCUGUUGCCUAAAUUAUGACUUUCGUUAUGUCUUUGAUGGACUUCUGUUAAUUUCCAUGACUUGAGCUUAUAGCUAUGUCUGCUGCACAGAUUGGGUAAUGGAACACUAAACUUUUAUACUUGAAAAUGACAGCCUUAAAUGCUCAUAUCAGUCACAAAUCUAGGGUGUACUGUCUUGUUGUAUGUGAGCUUUGUAGAGAUUUUUAAAAAUAUAGGCAUCAUCUUCCCCAUUGAAGAGUGGAGAGAAUCUGCUGGAUAACUAUUCAGAAACUUUCUCUCCAAAUUGGACAUUGGAUGUCUUCUUUCUCCCAAGAAACGGUGGUUCGCAUUAAGUAUCAUGGCCUUAUUGUAUGCUCAAAUGGAAUCUUAUGUAACUUUCUUAUUUAAUUUUGGUCUGCUAUUUUUAGAUAGAAAAGAAUUGUAUAAAUCAAUUAACAUAUAGCUAAGCUGUCCAACAUGUGGCAUAAAGGAAUUAAGACAGUAAAGUAUUAUACAUUUCCAACUUGCCUUUGGGGAUUUGAUGGCAGAUUUUUUUGUUUUCCAAAUUCAUAUCUCUGCAACUCUCCACACCUGGUUUGCCAGCCAAUGAAAAUUAAACUCUAGAAUGUGUCCUGCCCUAACAGAAAUGAAUUAGGAAUCUUGAGCCACAAACUGGUGUCACCUGUCUUUCUUCAUUUUAUUAUAAAUAUGGGAAGUCAAUCAGAUGAUCUCCAAUGUCUCCUAUCUGUCAACUGUUAGGAUUCUCUUCUUUCUUAUUCGCAAUAAUCAUCGCUGGACAUCACCUUUCCAGCUUCACAUUCUCAAGAUGGUAAAAACCUGUAUACAGGUUACUAGAACUCUUAAGCAGAGAUGAUUGUCUCAUCUGAACCUGAGGUGCCUUGGGUACUCCUCACCUCGAUGAGGUUUGGAGUUUCCCAUUGCUUAUUGAGAGCUUUUUUAAUUUGGUUCUUUAGUUUUUUUUGCAAGUUUUUUCCUGUCACUUUAACUAAAAACCAAAGAUUUGUUUUCUAUUCAUAAGCAGAUUGUAGAAAAACUGUCUUAUUUUCAGAAGUAUGUCUUCAUUAAAGGCUUAGGUUUCAAUAGAAAUUCAGACUUAUCAUUAGAACAACUAGUAUUUCAAACUAAUGAAAUACCUGGGAAAUAAAAUGCUUCAAAAAUAUUUUAUUGCCAUGAAUUUUGCUAGUGAAUACAAAUACAUUACUUCAAAUAAGGUCAUGUGUGAAUGAACUUAAAAAAAAUUUGUAGUUAAUCAGUUUCUGCAUACAGAGAAUUAGUUCUAAAGUUCUUAAACAUAAAUUCAGGGGCUUCCUGAAAUCUUAUUUAAUACUUUGCUAAUUUAUACCCUUAUUAUAUCGCUACAGGUAAAUUUUAGGUUAGUCCAUGUUGAAUUCUAUUUCCCAAUAAGUAGAGCUUUAAAUGAUGAGUUUUGUUAUGAAUGAUCUUAGUUACUUUAGACACUGUUUCCAUUUGGUUUUUAAUUAUUAAUUUUAAGUACCAAAUUAAAUACCGGUCUGUUGGUUGUUGCUUUAAGUGAUUGUUACUUUAACAGUGUCCCUUCUUAACACAUGGGGUUACAAAUAAAAUAAUAUGCAUAGUUUACUAUCUAUGUAAAGCA